CUCAACAUCGCUUCUUCUUCUUUUGUGGGGAAGUGCGGAUGUUGUAUGGACUGUUAACAAGCACUGCAUUAACAGCAGCUGUCAAACUCAUGGGAUCCUCCUGCCCCUCGGGCGACUGGAAGCUCUUUUGAAGAUUCUCCACUGCGCAUGUCAGAGCGCUGGACAGCUCCAGAGAGGGAAAUUUAAAAACGGUUUUUGGAGAAUCAAGUGCAGCACAGAGAAAUACAGUACAAGGAGCUCGAGUCCGGCUCACACCUUCUUCAAUAUCAUCCAAAAACAGAGGUACCACACAUCCCAGGAAAUGAUAGAAGGUGGAAUUACAUCCAGGAUGUCAGGAAUAAUUGAGAAUGCUGGGCAUCAUCCGUCUCCACAGGACUACAGGCUUCUGACCACGGACCCCUCCCAACUGAGGGAGGAGGACCUCCCUGGGGACCUGCAGUCUCUGUCAUGGCUCACCUCUGUGGAUGUGCCCCGACUACAGCAGAUGGCUGAUAGCCGAGGCCACAGUAACGGGCCCUCCCAGGGCAGCUUGUUGGAGCAACAGACAGCUCAGCUGAGCAACAUGACGAUGACAGCGGGUCAAGGCUCCAUGCUCCACCUCCAGAGCAACAUGCAGCACAGCCCUCUGGGCAUCAGCAUCAUCAACACCCACAGCGGAAGUAUGUCUCCAUUCUCCAUGAAUGGGCUCCCAUCGCCGGGAUACCAGUGCCCUACCUCAGUCUACCAGCCUGCGCCCCAGCAGGUGUACUCUCUAACCCAAACUGGACAACAGUGUUCAACUGGUGGGCUUUAUAGCAAUGUCUCUUUCAAUAACCAAAGUCUAUUCACACAACCUCGCCUGGCUCCACAAGACCAGGAGCUGCAGCCCAAGUCUUUCCCCAAGCCAAUUUAUUCAUACAGCUGUUUGAUUGCCAUGGCUCUGAAAAACAGCAAAACUGGCAGCCUCCCAGUCAGUGAGAUCUAUAGCUUUAUGAAGGAACACUUUCCUUAUUUCAAGACUGCACCUGAUGGAUGGAAGAACUCAGUCAGACACAACCUGUCCUUAAACAAAUGCUUUGAGAAAGUCGAGAACAAGACGAGCAGCUCAUCCCGUAAGGGCUGUCUAUGGGCGCUGAACCCUGCCAAAAUUGACAAGAUGGAGGAAGAGAUGCAGAAGUGGAAACGCAAGGACCUCCCAGCCAUCCGCCGCAGCAUGGCUAACCCUGAUGAGUUGGACAAACUGAUCACAGACCGCCCGGAGAACUGCAGACGUAAGGCUUUAGAGCCCGGCAUGACCCGGCUGCCCAGCUGCCCAACUGGCCUCCCGCUGUCCGUCCCAGCCCAGAUGCAGCCUCAGCCUAUAGUCACGCUUUCCCUGCCCUGUUUACCCAUGCACCAGCAUCACCAGCUUCAGGCCCAGCUCCAGGCUCAGGCCCGCCUGGCCCCCAUGUCCCCUGCACCAGCCCAGACACCUCCCCUCCACACAGUCCCUGACCUUUGCCACAGUCCACUCACUCAGCAGUCCAACAAGCCGCCAGAUGAUUUCUACAGUGUGCAUGGUGAUACGCACACAGAGGUGGAUGCACUGGACCCUAGCAUCAUGGACUUUGCCCUUCAAGGUAAUCUGUGGGAGGAAAUGAAGGAUGACAGCUUUAACUUGGAUGCUUUGGGUACCUUCAGUAACUCCCCCCUCCGACUAUCAGACUGUGACUUGGGGACAGCCAACCUCCCUCCCAUCUCCACUGGAGCGAACCUGCCGCUGUCAGAUGUGCAAGUGACCGGCCUCUACACCUCCUACACCUCCCAGGAUCCCCUGUCUUCCCAGUACAUGGUCACGCCAUCCAACAGCAAGCCCAUCGCCCUGUUAUAAAGCAGCUGCACUGUCUCUAACAGAUUCAACUGUCUGUGGAUAUCCGAGGACGCCGUCUGAGACACUGCUUUCCUUCAGUCAGCUGGGACCUACUUGGAGAAGGAUGUUUUAAAAUCAUUUCACUUACAGUCCACAAAAAAUGCUCAUUAAGAACUAAAACUACUGAUAAAUAAAGAGACGGCUGUAAAGAAAAAAAAAGUAUGUAAGACUUUAAAUAUCAAGCUUUGCCAAGCAAAGACUCAAGAGUACAAAGACUCUAUGUGGAGAUGUAUGUGUAAGUUAGCAUCCGCCAGUUUUUUCUACUGUUCACUUUGCGUUUUAAAGCCCUACCAUACUGUAGCUCCCCGUCUCUUGUCUGUUGUAUUGUGCUAGACAUUAUUGCUGUGAUGUUUUAUUUAUAUUUAUAAAAAGGCAGCUGGAGAAGGUGAUGAUUCUAUCAAUCUUUUGCUGUAUAUAUUUGAAUGUUUCAAAUUGCUAUCGCCACAGAAAAGCUUUCUUUCCACUGUAUUUACCCACUUCACUCCAAAACGCCGACGUGUGCCAACAACAUUUCUCUUUUACACACUUUGAUUAACGUGUCUCGAGGUCAGAUGUAUAUUAUGUUCAUUAACUUGAUCAUAAUUAAAAUGAAAUGGGUAAAUAAAAGAAGUUUCUUUUGCCAAAAAAAAUCUCAUUGACAUUUAUUAACAAACUUUUGUACAAGACAAGACACAGAAAAGAGUUUUUAUACAUUCAACUAGCUAAUAUUUUGAUCAGAGGUAAGGAUAUUAAGCCAUCGCUGGGUCCACUUUGGCGAUUAUUGUCCAACCUGAGUCUUAAGAAUUACUGCAUUAAUUCCUUAUAUAUUU